AUGAAGUUCUCUCUCUCCGUUGCCGUUCUCGCCCUUGUUGCCUCCCAGGCCAUGGCCGUUGUCCCUGUCCCCGUCAAGGAGUGCACGAAAACUGUCGUUGUCCAGCCUACCGAUAUUGGCUGUGAUGCCUUUGCUAUCGCCAACGGAAUCACGUUUGCGCAGCUUCUCAAGUGGAACCUCAAGCUGAGAACUGACUGCGCUAAUCUCGAUGUCGGUGCUCCCCUCUGUGUCUCUAUCACCGCUGGCGGUGGCGGCAACAGCACCCAGACCGGCACUGUUACCGGUACUGCCACUGGCAAGCCCGCCGCCUCAGUCACCCUUCACACCACCACCGCCGCUGCCACUACCACUUCCGUUCCUACUAGCGCUCCUAUAACAAGCAAGCCCAGUGGUGCAAAUGGUAACAGGGCAUCUAUGGUCCUCGGCGCUGCGGGUGUUCUCUUGUCAGUUGUUUACAUGCUCUAA